AUGUUUGCCGCCCGCCGGACCCUCAGCACAAUGACUCGCAACUGGACUCACCUCGUACGCUUCCUCGCCAAGGAGGACGGCCAGGUCCACCUGGGCCAGAUCGACUCCAAACAGACUCCCGACCUUGGCCUUGCUUUGGAAAAGGGCGAGACCAUCACCGCGAAGCUCGUGACCGGCAAUGUCUUUGAUGGCAUCGUCACGGACAAGUCCUUGACCAUCUCUACUCUCCUCGCGCCUCUCUCCAUGGACGAGGUCCCCAUCAUCCGCUGCAUGGGCCUCAACUACAGGGACCACGCCAAGGAGGCCAGCAUGCCCAUCCCCAACGAGCCCGUCCUCUUCAUCAAGCCCCGAACCGCCCUCAACGGCCCCCACCCCGCCAGGGUCAACGUCCCCAAGGUCGCCCAGGACGGCACCAGCGACUACGAGGCCGAGCUCUCCUUCGUCAUCUCCAAGACGGGCCGCGACAUCCCCAAGGAGCAAGCUCUCGACUACGUCCUCGGCUACACGGCCAGCAACGACGUGAGCGCCCGCGCGCAGCAGUUCAAGAACAGCCAGUGGUCUCGAUGGAUCCUGCCCCAUCGGCCCCGUCUUGGUCGCGCCUUCCGCCAUCUCCGACCCCACAACCUGCGCAUUCGCGCGAUCCUCAACGGCGAGACUGUUCAGGAUUCCAGCACCAAGGAAAUGAUCUUUGAUGUUGCCACCAUUGUCUCCUUCCUUUCUCAGGGCACCACUCUCGAGCGCGGCACCAUCAUCAUGACCGGUACCGGCCCCGGCAUCGGCGCCAUGCGCAACCCCAAGAUCGACCUCAAGAACGAGGACGACAUCCGUGUCGAGGUUGAAGAGAUUGGUACCCUCAUCAACAAGGUCUACUACGAGUAA